GUGUUAUGUUCCUGCUCAUUCCCCCACAGCACACACAGCAGCUAAUCCAGACUCACACUACUGCAGCAUUUGCUUUGCUUAGCACGACCGCCGAUCGAUAAUUAAUAAUAAUACAACGAUAAUGGCGGUUCUGAUGAUGAAGAACAAGAAGCAGAUGCAGGCGGUGGUGGCCUUGGCCGUUGUGGUGGCGGCGGCGGCGCUGGUGGCGUCGGCGUCGGCGGCCAUCACCUGCGGGCAGGUGGGUUCGGCGCUGGCGCCGUGCAUCCCGUACGCGACGGGGAAGGCGAGCGCGCUGCCGUCGUCGUGCUGCGGCGGCGUGCGCAGCCUCAACAGCGCGGCGCGCACGAGCUCGGACCGGCAGGCGGCGUGCCGGUGCCUCAAGAGCCUGGCCAGCACCGUCAAGUCGGUGAACAUGGGCACCGUCGCCACCAUCCCCGGCAAGUGCGGCGUCUCCGUGCCAUUCCCUAUCAGCAUGUCCACUGACUGCAACAAGAUCAACUAAAUUAAUCUUACAUCAGAUAUGCUGCUACCUGAUGGUGAGAAGCUUGGUCCUUCAGAAGAUAGCAACGAGCUAUUUAUUAGGACAAUAAAAUAAAGUUGUUAAGGCAUCAUCAUCAGCAUCAUCUAUACUAUUUUGUAGUAAUAAUUAAUUAAUUAAUUAAAUGUUGUACUCGAUCUGUGUGUACGUGCGCGUAUACAUACAUGCAUGCUUAUCCGAUCGAUGUAUAUAUAUGUGCUGCUUCUCUCACAAGUACGUGUGCUCAUAUAUAUACAUAUAUGUAUAUGCUUGUGUGUCCCUGCUGUGAUCAAUAACAACUACUAGUCCUACUGUUCAGUGCU